AUGGAGCAAACAAAAGUUCAACACAAGAAAAGGCAAGUAGAGAGUUUUAUUAUAUUGAUGUUUUUAUGGGAGGUGGGUUCAGAAUCAUUGCAGUAUUCUGUGCUGGAGGAGACAGAAAGUGGAACGUUUGUAGCCAACUUGACAAAGGAACUGGGACUCAGGAUGGGAGAGCUGGCUGAGAGAGGCGCCCGGGUUGUUUUCAAAGGGAACCGACAGCAUUUGCAGCUUGACCCACAGACACAAGAUUUGCUGCUAAAUGAGAAACUGGACCGGGAGGAGCUGUGUGGCUCCACUGAGCCGUGUGUACUACCAUUCCAAGUGUUAUUGCAAAAUCCUUUGCAGUUUUUUCAGGCUGGAUUGAGGGUCAGAGAUAUAAAUGAUCACGCCCCAGAAUUCCCCACAAGAGAAAUGCUCCUGAAAAUAUCAGAAAUUACUGCACCAGGAAAGAUAUUCCCUUUGAAAAUGGCACAGGAUUUAGACACUGGCAGCAACAGCCUUCAGAGCUACAGAAUCAGCCCCAACCCCCACUUCCAUGUUCUCACUCGAAAUCGCAGUGACGGCAGAAAGAUCCCAGAGCUGGUCCUGGACAAAGCAUUGGAUCGGGAGGAGCAGCCUCAACACAGGCUAACGUUAAUGGCGCUGGAUGGCGGGUCUCCUCCCAGGUCAGGAACCGCAGAGAUUCAGAUCCUGGUCUUGGACAGCAAUGACAACGCACCUGAGUUUGCUCAGGAACUCUAUGAGGUCCAGGUCCCCGAGAACAAUCCCCUAGGUUCCCUGGUUGUUACUGUCUCAGCGACAGAUUUAGAUGAAGGAUCCUUCGGGGAGGUAUCUUAUACCCUAUUUCAGCUAGAUGACAUUAACCAACCGUUUGAAAUAAACGCAAUCACAGGAGGAAUUCGACUGAGGAGGACAUUGGAUUUUGAGGAGUUUCAGGCUUAUCACGUGGAGGUUGAGGCCACAGAUGGUGGUGGACUAUCAGGAAAAUGUUCCCUGUUCAUCAAAGUAUUGGACGUGAAUGACAAUGCCCCCGAAUUGACCAUGUCGUCACUCACCAGCCCCAUCCCUGAAAACUUGCCAGAGGUAAUAGUCGCAGUUUUCAGUGUUUCAGAUGCAGACUUUGGACUUAACCAACAAGUUGUUUGUUCUGUAGAUGACAAUCUCCCCUUCCUUUUAAGACCAUCUAUAGAAAAUUUCUAUACCCUGGUAACAGAAGGAGCACUGGACAGAGAGAGCAGAGCCGAAUACACCAUCACCAUCACCGCUACCGACUUGGGUACCCCUAGACUAAAAACCGAACAUAAAAUAACCGUGCUGGUCUCAGACGUCAAUGAUAACGCUCCCACCUUCGCCAAAACCUCUUACUCUUUCUUCAUCCGCGAGAACAACAGUCCCGCCCUACACAUCGGCAGCGUCAGCGCCACAGACAGAGACUCAGGCACCAACGCUCAAGUCACCUACUCUCUGUUGUGGCCCCAAGACUCGCACCUCCCCAUCGCCUCCUUGGUCUCCAUCAAUGCAGCCAACGGGCAUCUGUUCGCUCUGAGGUCGUUGGAUUACGAGGCCCUGCGAGUGUUCGAGUUCCGCGUGGGCGCGGUCGACGCAGGCUCCCCUGCGCUGAGCAGCGAGGCGCUGGUGCGGGUGGUGGUUGUGGACGACAACGACAACUCGCCCUUCGUGCUGUACCCGCUGCAGAACGGCUCCGCGCCCUGCACUGAACUAGUGCCCAGGGCGGCCGAGGCAGGCUACCUGGUGACCAAGGUGGUGGCAGUGGACGGCGAUUCGGGUCAGAACGCCUGGCUGUCCUACCAGCUGCUCAAGGCCACGGAGCCCGGGCUGUUCAGCGUGUGGGCGCACAAUGGCGAGGUGCGCACCGGCAGGCUGCUGAGCGAGCGCGACGCGACCAAGCACAGACUCGUCGUGCUGGUGAAGGACAAUGGUGAGCCCUCGAUGUCAGCCACCGUCACGCUGCACGUGCUCCUGGUGGACGGCUUCUCUCAGCCUUACCUCCCUCUCUCGGAGGUUGCCCUGGAAGAUGCCCAGGCUGACUCACUCACCGUCUACUUGGUCAUUGCCUUGGCGUCGGUCUCGUCGCUCUUCCUGUUUUCCGUGCUCCUAUUUGUCGCAGUGAGGCUUUGCAGGAAGAACAGGGCCACAUCGAUGCCUGAGGGCCACUUUCCUGGUCACUUGGUGGACGUCAGCGGAACCAGAACAUUAUCGCAUAACUACCAGUAUGAGGUGUGUCUGACGGGAGGCUCAGGGUCCAGCGAGUUCAAGUUCCUGAAGCCAAUUUGCCCCAACUUCCCUCCCCAGGAAACUGGCAGGGCAAUGGAAGAAAACCUCACCUUUCGGAACAGCGUCCAAUUCAGUUAA